AGUGUAGCUGCAGGGCACUAUGGACACUAUGAGCUAAAAAUUGUUAAGGAAACGAAAACAAUCACAAUAAAACAGUCAAUGGUAUGGUACUAUAUUAGACAGACUGCAGCUCUAGGACUCUCCCCAACUAUCAAAUGAAGCUUAUACCAAAUGAAAGAUCUUACGUAUGUCAGGGAAAUCACUCUUUAACUCGGACAGGCUUAAGUUUCGAAUGUUGUUUUAAAUGUUAUAUAGAUUCUUUAUUAUGAUAAUUCUGUGUUAUACCCCAGUCACACAUACGGCGCGGAUAGCUACAUCUAGCCACGGAUAGAAACGUAGUCAUCCGUACUGAUCGUAUCGAUCCGUACCUGAGCCGUACCUUAAAGUAGUAACCCGUAUCAAUCCGUACCAAUUCGUACGGCUCAGGUACGGAUCGGUACGAAUUACUACGUUUCUAUACGUAGCUAAACGUAGCUAUCCGCGCCGUAUGUGUGACUGUGGUAUAAGAAUGGUCUUGCAAAUUUAAUGCCCCAGUCAUAGUAUCACGUUUUGGCCUCCACGUGUAACUUCGUGGGUAAACGUGGCUACAUCGUGAGUCAGCGCAGAACAACGUGGCUAAAACGUGAUAAAACGUGACAAAACGUGAACUGGUGAUUUUAAUUUUGGACAUGAUUUCCAAGAACGUACUACAACGCGGCAACAUCGUGGCGAGAACGUAGUACAACGUAGUAUAAAGUAGCAAAAACGUAACAUAACGUGAACAUAGCGCGUCACGGACGGUUAAUAUACUCCAGUCAUAGCGUCACGUUUUGGCCGCCACGUACAGCUACGUUUGAAAUAUAUGCCAGUCAGCUAGCCAAUGCUUGGCAGUGAGGCAUAGCGAAGCACAAUGUAGUGAUAUCGGGGCGACGGCGAGGCAGUACCGAGGCAUAACCCGACUUUAAUAUUUUCAGUCGUGUCACAACGGGACUGCAGCGAGUCAAAUACUUGGCUAUCUCACGUGGCUGGCGCGUGGCGACGAUUUGGCACAUCGUGGUUCCCGGAUGAAAUUUCCAAAACGUGGUUGUCAGAAAUAAGACAGCGGCACGGCCAAAAAUGUGACACUAUGACUUGGGCAUUUUUGGGUAAAUAUGGUUGUUUGUACAAAUGUAUAUGCAUGAAUGAGACUUUAGUAAAGAAUAUAACUAUGAUAUGAUAUUUAGAAUAGUGCGCCAACAAUUAAAAUCCUGCAGAUAACGGAUGUUUAUAUCACAUUUUAUAACUGAAAAACUUCACAUCUCAUUACAUCAAACGGGCAAUGUUUAAAGUGUCAACUAAACUCUUAGGCUUGUCGUGAGGACAGGCUCUUCAAUUCACACGCGUAAAUUCAGAACAGAAUAAUUAUUUUAUGAUGUUCAUUGUACGUAUUAGCUGAAUAUUGAUGAGUAGCCUACGAAUUUUCGGAAUACCUCGGACAGCUGGGCUUGUUAUUCGGAAUACCUCGGACAGCUGGGCUUGUGAUUCGGAAUACCUCGGACAGCUGGACUCGUGAUGGAGCUAUCAAUUAUUUUAACAGUGAUAAUGACUUUGUUCAUACAAUGUACCUACUCCUCCGUAUGCAAACGUGGCUUUUAUGGACAGAGUUGUGACCAAAAGUGUCCAGAGAAAUGUUUAAAUUCCGUCUGUAUGAAAUCCACCGGAAAAUGUUCCAUGGGAUGCCAGAAUGGAUUUUAUCUCCCGAAGUGUAAAGCUAAGUGUUCUAAUACUUGUAUCAAUUCUACGUGCGCUAUUUCCGGAGGGAAGUGUUCUUUUGGUUGUCAAAAUGGAUUUUACGGCCAAAAAUGCAAACGAAAAUGUCCGAAGAAAUGUUUAGAUUCUACGUGUGACGUAAUCAACGGAAAUUGCAUUUCAGGAUGUCAGAACGGGUUUUACGGACAGAAAUGCAAAACAAGGUGCCCUAAAUAUUGCGUAAAUUCUACCUGUGGAAUAUAUACCGGAAGUUGCUCACUAGGAUGUACAGACGAGUUUUAUAGACCAAUGUGCAACCUGAAAUGUUCAGAUAGAUGUCUUUCAGGGAAAUGUGACCGCAAUUUUGGACAUUGCGUCGAUGGAUGCAAACAGAAUGUUUCAGAGCGUUUAUGUCGAAAGGAAAAUUUAACAGAUACUGACCUUUAUUCAAAAGAAAAGGACAUGGACCCGAGUGAUGGAAAACAGCUAGGUUUGGGUGCUCUCGUUGGUAUAUGUCUCGGUGCAGUAUCUGGGUUAAUUGUAUUGACACUUGCGGCUUUUACAGUUUUUAGGUUAAUGAGGAAGCGUAAAAUGACACCAAAUGGGAAAUCAAAACAAAUGGUACAUGUAUUUGGAAUUAAAGGUGACCGCAGGUACGAAUUUCUUCGUCGGAAGGGAAAUAAAAAGGUAAAAACUGUAGACCAAAAAGUUGGCGUGGCUGUAAGAGAUAAUAACGAUGGUAUAACUCAUUAUAGAAACACGAGUGAAAAACGGCGUGACCUGUACUCAAAAAGAGGAAGGAAUCGAACAGAAAUAGCAUGGAUGCACAAUCGUGAAACAUCGGGUAUUUCCGUAUCCUCGUGUAGCAAAAAGGCCGAGGCGAUCCGACUGAAGCGUUUCGAAAGAGAUUACAAUGAAACAGUUGGCGGACUCUAUGAAAAUAAGGAAAAUGAUCACAUUGUAAUAGCUGGCGGACUCUCUGCGAAUAUUAGAAGCGGUCGCAAAGAAAUAACAGAUGAUCUCUAUGAGAGCUAUGAAAAUGAUCACAAUGAAACAGCUCGUGGAUACUACGAGAAUAAUAAAAGUGAUCACAAUGAAACAGCUCGUGGAUACUACGAGAAUAAUGAAAGUGAUCACAAUGAAGCAGCUCCUGGAUACUACGAGAACAAUGAAAGUGAUCACAAUGAAAUAGCUCGUGGAUACUACGAGAACAAUGAAAGUGAUCACAAUGAAACAGCUCGUGGAUACUACGAGAAUAAUGAAAGAGAUCACAAUGAAAUAGCUCGUGGAUACUACGAGAAUAAUGAAAGUGAUCACAAUGAAAUAGCUCGUGGAUACUACGAGAAUAAUGAAAGAGAUCGCAAUGAAACAGCUGGUGCAAUAUAUGAGAGCUAUGGAAAUAAUCAAAAUGAAAUAGUCAGUAAACUUUCUCUGAGAUGUUCUGAGAAUAAUGGACGUGUUCGUAAUGAAACAGCUGGUGGGCUCUACGAGAAUAACGAAAGUGAUUAUACUGAGACAGCUGGUGGGCUCUACGAGAGCUAUGAAAAUGGUCACAAUGAAAUAGCAGGUGAACUUUAUGAGAACAACGAAAGUGUUUUCAAUGAAAUAGCUGGUGGAAUAUAUGAAAGCUAUGAAAAAUAGUAACAAUGGAAUAGCUAUACGAGAGUAAUGAAUGUGAUCGCAACUACUGGGCUGAAUGACAAAAAUAAUGCAAGAUAUAUUUUCCAGCAGAAGCAUAAUGCAAAACGUUCCCCGCAUGCUUUAUAGCGGUGAAUGUAGCUAAUUUCGUACUAUCGCAACGUCGCCCUUGGGGCGAAAACGCGAAAACGGAUCCAAUCUCCGAGCAGAGUUGUCGUUCGUGAUCCUCACUUUAACACGUGAAUGAAAUAUCACCGGAAGUGCAAGAGAUCGUAACGGAUCAUCGAAUUAUACUGAUGAUCAUUUUUGUGCACUAUUUUCAAAAAAAUAUUUGGAGAUUAUUAACUUUCUGUCUGUCGCACAAAAAUACAUUUCUUUCUGUUUCUAUGUGUAAAAUGUCUUACAAUAAAUAUAUUUUACCACAUCUUGAGUCCUGUUUGUGUUUUUUACGUAAACUGUAUCAAUAAACUUUGAUAGUGUGGCAGUUGACCUCAAUACAAUCUACACUGUUUAUUCUCUUCAAUACAGGUAAAUCCAGAAUUUGCUUUACAAUGGAUCUAUGACGGAUUAUCUUCAAACACCCCUGGACUUACUGGAUUCGACUGCCACAUUAUCAAAGCUUAUUAGUACCACUUCUUUAGAGGAUAAACUCUGUAAGUUUCAGAAGGAAUGGCAAUGCUUUUGUAGAACAAAGAUUAUGACAUACUAGUAACCAUCUCAGCCGCGCCAUGAGAAAACCGAGUGCAUUUGCGACCAGCAUGGAUCCAGACCAGCCUGCGCAUCCGAAAUAAUGAAUAAUCAGGGCCUUUCUUAUUUAAUGAUUUUUUUUUAUUAAGCAUUAGAGAUUCUUACUAGAACUUUGCGUUUUUCUUCGGAUUUCCAGCUUUACAUCCCUAAACCAAAUACUGAACAAUUUCGAAUGUCAC